UGGCAGUACUGGUAUUGCCUAGGCUCAGAAGCUCAGAAGCUAAGCAGGAUUGGGCCUGGUUGCUACUUGGAUGAUAACCAGGGAAUUUCAAUGUAUCCCCUACUGCCAGUUUGGAGAGCCCAUAGUGACCAAGUAUUGGACUGGCACCAAGAACACCCAGGUUCAAGUCUACUGUCAGCCAUGGAAGCCUGCUGGGUGACUGUGAGCCAGUUGUUCUCUCUCAGCUCAAUCAACUUCACCAGACUGUUCCUGUAGGGGAAAAAAAUGGGAGGAGAGAGCACUAUGAGUGUCUCCUUGAGCUCCUGAAGGAAAGAUGCUGGCGGGGCCAUUCUGACAUUGCGGUGUCUGGCAAGAAAGAUUCACAUGCAGAAACCCCGCUGAUCUUUUAAUCCUCGCUGGUUGGGAGGCGGUGCAGUUAAAAGAGAGAAGAUGAAGGAAACCAAGCUGCUUUUCUGUUGCUGCUUUGCUUCGAGUUGAACCCACUGUAAGUGCCAAACAUCUGUAAGUCAUGUAGAACUUUGUUUUGCCAGUGUGCUAGGUGAGAUGUUUUUUAAAACAAAGAAACAAACUUCUAGUGCUGAGAGAAAUGAUUCUUUUUAGGAAUAAAAUCUGAACUCACUAAUUGUUUCCUAAUAUUACUUGCUCUUCUGUAGUGAAAGAUAGAAAUGGAUGGAGCAAGGAGAGAAUCUGAAAAUGGGUCUUUGCUGUUAGAUGCCUCAGCAGGUUCGUCGUUGGUGGAUCCCUUCUCACAACCAUUGGACUCCAUUGAAUCCUGGAAUUUCCAUCUUCUCUCUGCUCUGAUGUUCUUGGUGACCUCCUUGUCCCUGUUUGAAAAUUUCACUGUCAUCCUCGUCACUCUUAAAUUCAGACAGUUGAGACAACCUCUCAACUAUGUCAUCGUGAAUCUCUCAGUGGCUGACUUCCUUGUAUCUCUGGUUGGGGGUACAAUCAGCUUUCUAACUAAUCUGAAGGGUUAUUUUUAUAUGGGCCGUUGGGCAUGUGUCCUGGAAGGAUUUGCUGUCACAUUCUUCGGAAUAGUUGCCCUCUGGUCGCUCGCUCUGCUUGCGUUUGAGCGCUAUGUUGUAAUUUGCCGUCCCCUAGGAAAUGUCCACUUCAAGGGGAAGGACGCCACUCUGGGGAUAGCCUUUGUGUGGAUUUUCUCCUUUAUAUGGACCAUUCCUCCAACAAUGGGGUGGAGCAGCUAUACUACCAGCAAGAUCGGGACCACUUGUGAACCCAACUGGUAUUCUGGAGAAUACAGUGAUCAUACUUUCAUUAUUACCUUCUUCACCACUUGUUUCAUUAUGCCCUUAUUGAUCAUUUUGGUAUCCUAUGGAAAACUGAUGCGGAAACUUAGAAAGGUUUCAGAUGCUCAAGGCAGAUUAGGGUCUACACGGAAGCCAGAAAGACAAGUUACCAGAAUGGUGGUGAUUAUGAUUCUUGCCUUUUUAAUCUGCUGGACUCCAUAUGCAGCCUUUUCCAUCUUGGUCACCACCUGUCCCUCUCUUGAACUGGAUCCUCGCCUUGCUGCAAUCCCAGCCUUUUUUUCCAAAACAGCUACAGUUUAUAAUCCAGUUAUCUAUGUCUUUAUGAACAACCAGUUCCGGAAAUGUCUAGUCCAGCUGUUCCGAUGCAGCAGACAAGAUAUUGCAGACUCCAACAUGAAUCAGAUUUCAAAGAGAGCAGUGCUAACACCUACCAAAAAGUAUGGUGAGGUCUCUACAGCAGCAGCACGUGUUACCAUCUUCAACCAGAGAAAUGAAGAUGAGAAAAGUAGCUGACAAUCUUUUGCUCUGCUCUCAGUUUUGGAAAACAAAAUCUGUCCAAUGUGGCUGUGUCAAUUUUUGAGAGGAUGAAGUCAGAAUUCUAUGCUGCUUUAUCAUUUCCAUUCAUUUGUACAAAAUGGCAGCCAAGAAGAAAACAUGAAGAAAGACAUAAGAAAUACUCUUCUAACAGGACUUAUUACAGGUUUUAAUCGGCAUCCAUUUGGGCUCUUAUCUAUUCCCAGCUUCUUACAACUACAUUCAGUCCAGAUAUAUUGAGCUUCAGAGAGACAGAAAGUCUUCUAUGUCUGAAGAGCACUGAUUUGGAAAAGACUGUGAACACACAGGAUUGGACAGUUGCAAUUUCUCAAGUUAGUAUAACAUGCUUGUUCUUGUAUUAGUUUAACCUGUCCUUGGCAUUUAGAAAAUGCUCCCUCAGUUAGAGAACUUGAGAAUGUUUCUCAGAUGCCUUCAGUCCUUGUCUGGCUGAACUGAACUAGCAGAAUGAAACAGACCAUAUGCACUGACAUUAAUAAGCAAAAGAGAAAACUAGGCAGCCUCAGUCUAACCAGAGCAUCUUCAGAUAUUUCAGAGCAGAAGAAGUGAGUCUGCCAGAUGAAAGUAAAAGAAAUUAUAUGAAAGAUACGUCUCAAUUAUUAUUCAAUGAAAAUAGAUCAGAUGUUCUCAAAUAUCUUUUUUUGGGGUCAUUGGGUGGCUGCUUUAAUCUUCCUCCAAUUCUCUAGUCUUUAUUCUAGGUCAAAGUAAUUAUUUCAUCAAAUUAGGCAGUGCCUCCAACCAUGCCAUUUCCCAGUUAGUUGCGGCCAUCAGUUUUUGAAGGUGCACCAUCAACUGACUAUAAAUUACUGUGCUGUCAGGAGUGUAUUUGUGUGUGUGUCUGUGCAUUUAUGCUUGCAGUCAACAGUUUUCCUGGCUUUGACCAUAUGUACCUUUUGUAUUUACAAACUUAAAAUCAUUUCUAGAAAGUUCAGCCUUGAAUGGAAUCCAACAUUGCAAAUGUAAAUUGCAAUAUAGUUAUUAGAAAUUUCAGUUCCAUCCAGCCAUUCACUUUUCUUGUUUCUGUUUUUUUCCCCCCUCUGUAUUAGCUUUAGUUUAGAAAAUAGAAGACAAAGGGGAAAGAAAAAUGGGGGAACCGAUAACAGUGCUGAGAGUUUCCAUCAUGUAAGAUAGCUUUCUUACUAGGUCCCCACAGAAUUACUUCUUAGCCUUUUGGCUAACAUCAUGUAUAAUUGUCCAGAAAAAUACAGAGAAGGAAGUUUGAAUUUAUUAUUAUUCCGUGGCAAGGACUUUACAACCGUCAUCCACACCCUUGUUACCACCCAGUAACUUGGGCAUUCUUCACAUGGGGCUGCCUUUAAAGACGACUUGAAAGCUGCAAUUAGUCCAGAACCCAACAGCUUAAGUGCUAAUUGGCUCCCAUUGCUGGGGGCAUAUUACAGCUUUGGGCCUGGCAUUGGCUACCAGUUGGCUUUGGGAUGUAAUUUCAAGUGCUGGUUUUGACCUAUAAAGCCCUUUAUAGCUUGGCUCCUGGAUGCCUAUAGGAUCAUGUGCUCCAGCCAGAACCAGUCUGACUUAUUAGAUCAUCUAGAUCAGUUUUUUCCAAUCUUGACAACUUGAAGAUACAUGGACUUCAACUCCCAAAUUCCAAGCUGGCUGAGGAAUUCUGGGAGUUGAGGUCCACACAUUUUAAAGUUACCAAGGUUUAAAAACACUGACCAAGGGAGAGAUUAUUCUUAGUUCCCCAAUUUUGGGAAGUAAAGGCAGCUGAGGCCAGAAGGCAUCACUUUUUGGUAGCCUCCCUGUUCUUUGGAACAGUCUCUAAGUAGAGAUUCAACUGGCACCCUCCCUGCUGACAUUCAAGAAGAUGCUGAAAAUGGAGCUUUCCUGAGAGGUGUCUAAUUAAACUAAACACCUUUUAGCUUCUUCUUUUGCUUUUUUUAAUUGUUAUUUUCAUUUAGAUUUAUGAAUUUGUCUGGCUUUUGAUUGUUUUUACUUUUCUGCUUAAAGUGGAUGUUCUAAAUUUUUUCAAAUCAUGUAAGCCACCAGAACCAGAUUGAUUGUGGUGGGAUAUAAAUGUGAUAAUAAA